AUGAACAUCUUAAAAGUAUUUCUCUGGCUGUUGCUAAUAGUGGCCUUCUGGCGUACGGCCUUAAUGUGGGAUAUGAAAUUUCUACUACGCAAUAUAUUGCCUCUAAGCCGCCUCAUGCAAACCCAAGAGGUCAAUUGGUUUAUAUCGGAACAAUUGGACAGUGAGAGUAGUGAAAAUGUUCAGGAAUUCUUUACAACCAUACAUCGCAAUGCUUUGAUAACUCAAAUGGUUUUUACCCACAACAGUGACAUAAGAAUUGUGAAAACUGCCAGCAAACGAAAUUAUAUGGGUCUUGUACUGACCACCGGACCCAGUGAUCCUGUAAUGAAGCUGCAUGAUAGGGUUUUGCUGGGCCGUCAUUACUAUAUGAAUUUUGUGAUUCUAGUGCAGCCUCUAGAAGAUUUUGCUGUGGCCGAGACUAUAUUGCUUCAAUUGCAUAGAAAUAAUUUUCAAAAUACUUUUCUUUAUGUGAGCUACAUGAAUGGCUCCUCGGAUUUGCUGGGCAUAAAUGCCUAUCCUGAGUUUCAUAUAGUGCUGCGUACAAACUUCCUCAGGAAUUUAGGAGAAAUGUUUGGCAAAGUUACUGCUGGAGGCAUGGAUUGCCAGGGCUUUAAGUUUUACACUCCUUUGCGUUUGGAUUUGCCGGGAGUUUUUCGCUAUUUCAACCAGCGUGGCUUAAUGGAAAAACAAGGAAUUUCUUAUAGGAUUUUGAAUUUAUUCGCUGGCUACAUAAAUGCCUCUUUGGUUCCCUAUCAAAUGGCGCCGGAUAACUUGGGCGGCAUUGUGGUGAAUAUGAAAGAUACUCUGGACUUGAUACGUUCUAAGGAAAUCCUAAUAACAGCUCAUGCCUAUGCUUUGUUUAAUCCAGAUGAUAAUAUAGACAAAAGUUAUCCCAUAACGGUAGUUAGAUGGUGUUUAAUGGUGCCCAUUAGGAAUAUUGUUUCCUCAUUUUAUUAUCCCAUUAAACCAUUUGAGCAAUCGGUUUGGUUUGUACUCAUGUUUACCUUCUUCGCCUUGGCCUGUACCGAUAUCUUAUGGAUUAUAUGGCAGAGCCGCAAGCAGCCUAAUCGAAAUCACAAUUUAAUGUGGCAAUUGCGUGCUAGUGUCUUGGAUAAUUUGUGUUACAUGCUGAAUAUAGCCGCCUCCAAAAACAUAAAACAUCCCUCUGUCAUCAGGUUUUUCUUAUAUAGCACCGUGUUUUUCCAGGCCUUCUUUUUAUCGGCCAACUAUACCUCUUUGCUGGGCAGUAUUUUAACCGUUACCCUAUUCAGAGAAGACAUCAAUACUUUGCAGGAUCUUAUAAAAGCCAACAUCUCCACCUUAAUUAUAGAUUAUGAAUAUGAUUUUCUGCUUACGGGUAACUUGGAUUUACCUUAUGAUUUCCUUAAACUAAUAAUACCCGUAGAUGCGGCCACCUUUUAUCAUCAUCAGUCCAGCUUAAAUCAAACCUAUGCCUACUUUGUCACCGACGAGAAAUGGCAUUUUCUGCAGCUGCAACAAAGAAGCCUUAAGCAGGGUCUCUUCAAACUAACGGACAUUUGUUUUGGCUCCUUCCAUUUGGCCUUUCCCAUGGAAACGGAUUCACCGUUGUGGCGUAAUUUGGAGUAUUUUAUAUAUCGUGUGCAUUCAUCCGGCAUGUUGCACUACUAUGAGAGCAUUUCGUUUGAGCAUGCUGUCUAUGCUGGCUAUGUGCAACGCUUUACGGCCGGCAAUGAAUACCAGGCGGCUGGCUUAAGUCAUGUAUCCAUGGUCUUUCUAAUGCUGCUGAUUUCCAAUCCCAGCUUAAAUCUUGAUUAUUUAUGCAGCUGA